GUAGGUGCAGGGGUGUGAGGGACGGCUCAGAGUGGGUGAAAGGGGAGGAAAAUGAGAAGUCGUGGGAAUGUGUUGGGUGUGGGGGGUUUCAGAGACAGUUUGGGAUAGAUGGAUGCCAUUCUGCAGAACGCCGGUCUCUGAUGGUGCUAGUGAACAGUGAGGUGUAAUUUCAUGGAUGAAGUCAAGGCAUUCACAGGAGGUGCCAGGGAACAGUGAGGACAUUUUUGAGCCGCCGUCAGACACUUCUGAGCAGAGCUGUUGGCAACUGUUCCUGACUAUUAUAUACCGGUGUUAAGAUUCAUUCAGAGGCAAUGACUUUGAAGGAGAAUCAGCUGACCGUCCCGCUGCUGACCUCCAUCGUGGCGGCGGUGCUCGGCUCGCUCCAGAUAGGAUACCACACAGGCAACAUCAACGCCCCUGCCCGAGUCAUUGAGGAGUUUUUCAACAUGACAUGGAGAUCCAGACACAAUCAGUCAAUACCAGACCACAGUCUCACAUUCCUGUGGUCCCUCUCUGUUAGUAUUAAGGACUUUGGAGCAUUGCUUGGAUCACUGGGGGUCAAAGGUCUUGCUGACACCUUCGGGAGGCGUAAUGCUAUUCUGAUAGUGAAUGCCUUAUCAGUGGUUGGUGCCUCUCUGAUGUUCAUGAGCAAAAUCACAGCAUCAUUUGAAGUACUUAUUGUGGGUCGGCUGAUCUUUGGCUUGUUCUGUGGCCUGGUGAUGAGCCUGAACCCUCUGUACAUCCAAGGCGUCUCGCCUACAAACCUCCGCGGUGCCUUUGCAACUCUGAACCAGGUGUCAUUUGCCUCAGGCAUUCUGCUGGGCAUGGUGGUGGGCUUGGAAACGGUAUUGGGCACAGAGAAAUACUGGUCCAUGAUGUUGUCUCUGUCCCUAAUCCCUGCAACGCUCCAGUAUAUGAGCCUUCCCUUUUGCCCUAAAAGCCCACGCUACCUCUUCAUAAACAGGGGAAAAGAAAAAGAAGCAGAGGCGGCCCUGAAAAGACUUCGGGGAAAUCCAGAGAUGGUGACAAAAGAGAUGGAGGAGAUGAGAGAGGAAGCAGCCCACAGUGAAACAGGAGUGACUGUGAGAGAGUUCCUCAGGAAGCGACGCUACAGGCAGCCGAUAAUACUUGUGCUUAUCAUAAACUUGGGCAGCCAGUUAUCUGGAUUCAAUGCGAUCAUAAAUUAUUCAACAAAAAUGUUUGCCCAAUCCAAUUUUGAUGAAGCCAAAUAUCUGACACUAGGGGUGGGGGCCGUUAAUGUGGCAUUCACCAUAGUAGCAUUCUUUUUGGUGGAGAGAGCAGGACGCAGGAAACUGUUGCUUGCUGGAUUUCUGUCACUAGCUCUCUGCAACCUACUUAUGACCAUCACAUAUUCCAUUAUGGACAGAGUUCCAGACAUUCGCAAUAUGCAGGUACUGGUGAUUUUCUUCCUGAUCUCAGCUUAUGAAGUGGGGCCUGGGCCAAUUUCCUGGUUCAUUGCCGCUGAGCUUUUUGACCAGUCAGCCCGUCCCAUUGCUAUGGCCUUCACUAGCAUGCUUAACUGGGGAGGGAAGUUUUUACUAGCACUGCUCUUUCCACCUCUUCUGAACAUGUGUGGGGCCUAUGUCUACCUCCUCUUCAUGUGUAUGGCCUUGAUUGCCUUCACCUACACCAUGUUUCGUCUUCCUGAGACCAAGGGACGCACUUUUGAUGACAUUGUGGCUGAGUUCCGUGGGGCCGAGGGCAUUCCACUACAUAACAAGACCACAUUUAACACAUUUCCCUGAUCUGGCUCAGCUUUUGGGUUAACAAACAGUGAUCAACUCAAAUGCAACUGGUGUGUUUACAAAACCAAUGAAGAGUAUUAAGGACCCUUCAUAGAAUAACUCAUACAAAUGUUUUACACCUUUAACAUUUAUUUGAAAAAAAGGACAACCUUGUAGAGUCUUCGCAACUUUGCAAGUUUUUAUCACACUGUGAAAUCUCACAACUCUCUGGUUUGUAGACUCUUGCCAGAUAUCUAUGAUAGAAGCUGCAAGCCAAGUUUAAGGAAUCAUACUACCAAACAAUUUGACUGACUGCAUUGAGAGGUAUAUUAACAGUGAAACUACAGUACUUUGGAGUCAUUUGUAAGUAAAACCAUGCAACCUGUGUUCACUGUAGAAACAUUCCCUGAGACAUUUGCAGUGUGCCUUAUUUUUCUUUAAUUCAUUUCUCAUUUAAAUGGCGAUAGAACGUGAAUAUGAUUGUAAACAUGAAAUAAAAGAAGUAGCAUUACAGCAUUUUGUUUCACUUCAGCAGGAAGUGCUACAUAUUCCUCUAAUUAAUCUCUCUCAUUGUUUUUCUUUCUUUCUUUCUUUCUUUCUUUCUUUCUUUCUUUCUUUCUUACCAAAUUGUAAACAUCCAGAGUCCCUUAAAAAUGGAAAGGUCAGGUGAAUUUCAUUACAGCCUUUGUAAAAGAGAACAUUAAGGACAUGACAUUGAGGACAUCUUGUGAACUCCAAGGAAAAUCUUGGAAUUGAUUUUUUUUUUUUUUUUUGUUUCAUGUUGACUAUAACAAGGUAAUUACAAGAUUACAAGAACAGAGAGAGUUUCUUGUUAGCAGAACCCGUAAAAAAGCUAAUAUUAAGACAAACGCACUCUUCAUGGUGGAAAAAUGAAAUGCUCUCGAAAGAAGCCACAGAGUUUUACAGCUCAAUUAAGUAGACCUGUAAAAUAUAGCUGUGUUUCUUAAAAGUCCCUCAUAGUCCAGUAAUGAGAACCAUUUGAAACUUUCAGCUUUCGUGAGGAUAUUCUGUCACUUAGUCAUAUGCUUGUUAUAUCUAAUUAUCUAAUUAAAAUAUGCAGACAACCACCUGACAUACUGUAGUACUCAGGUCAUGUCCAGUCACCUUCAUUUAAAUAACGCCUUUAAACUAAAUA